AUGGCUGGAGAGGAGAAUAAGGAAGCAGAUAUGCUGUCCCGACUGCCAAUGGAAGUGAAUGUCAUAGACCCUAACCAGGAAUUGUACCAUGUGGAUUGCUGUGAAAAUCUACCUGUAACAGCAGCAGAAGUAGCACGAGAGACUAAAGCAGAUCCCAUUUUCAGACGGGCAUACCAGUAUACAUUGUCUGGAUGGAACUGGAAAAGUCACAUGGAUCCAAGGUUACAACCCUACUCACGACGGUCAGAUGAACUUAGCGUUGAAGAGAACUGUUUACUUUGGGGAACACGUGUGAUAAUACCGCAAAAAUUACAGUCAAGAGUUCUAGCAGAUCUUCAUGAAUAUCACCCGGGUUCAAAUCGAAUGAAAGCAUUAGCUAGAUCGUAUAUCUGGUGGCCGAGUUUGGACAUGACGUUGGAAGAAUUGUGCAAGAAAUGUGAAAUUUGCCAAAGUCAGAGGAAUAAACCGCCUGCUGGUAUUCCUCAUCCAUGGAUGUAUCCCACAGCACCUUGGGAGAGAGUUCACGCGGAUUUUGCAGAGUUGGAAGGUCAACAUUAUCUUAUUAUGAUUGACGCUUUUUCGAAAUGGUUUGAAGUGCAUGAAAUGGGCACUAGUACAACGGCUAGUAGGACAAUAGAGGUGAUGAGGCGAGUUUUUAGUUUCAUGGCAUUCCAGGACGAUUGGUGA